AUGGCGCCUCUGCCUCCCAGCGACGACUACUACAUCAUCCUGGAGGUCGAAUCAAGCGCCACGGCAGAGGAAAUCACCCAAUCCUACAGACGCCUCGCCCUCAAACUUCAUCCAGACCGCAACGACCGACCGAAUGCUACUCAGGCCUUCCAGAAGCUAGGACAGGCCUACGAGACGCUUAAGGAUGAUGAUGAGCGCCGGAAGUACGAUCGU